AGAGAGAGAGAGAGAGAGAGAGAGAGAGAGAGAGAGAGAGGUUACCAUAUUCAUCUGUACUAGGAUUUUAACCACUCUCUUAUCUUGCCUAUACCUCUUUCUUUCAUAUAUCACCCAGAAAAUCCGUACACUUGGGCCAUGCUAUAAAUUAGGGUGGAAGCUUCACCAAACAAGAGAUGCCGAUGAUGGUGAUGAUGAGUGGAUCACUCAGUUUGCUCCUCUUAGCUGUAUAGAAAGCUUAUAGUGAUUUUUAUGGCAAUUGCUGCAACCAUGAGCCAUGAAGACACCAGCGACACCAUCAACGACAACACCAAAGACGAUCAUGAGCAUGACAUGGUGAUGCCCGGGUUCCGCUUCCACCCCACCGAGGAAGAGCUCGUGGAGUUCUACCUUCGCCGUAAGGUUGAGGGCAAGCGCUUCAACGUGGAACUCAUUACCUUCCUCGAUCUUUAUCGCUAUGACCCUUGGGAGCUUCCUGCCUUAGCUGCAAUUGGAGAGAAAGAGUGGUUUUUCUACGUGCCCCGAGACCGGAAGUACAGGAAUGGUGAUCGGCCCAACCGUGUGACCACAUCAGGCUAUUGGAAGGCGACGGGAGCCGACCGGAUGAUUCGAGGUGAGAACUCCCGUUCAAUCGGGCUGAAGAAAACCCUCGUCUUCUACUCCGGCAAGGCCCCCAAAGGGAUCCGAACCAGCUGGAUUAUGAAUGAGUACCGCUUGCCGCAGCACGAGACUGAACGCUAUCAAAAGGCAGAAAUAUCGUUAUGUCGAGUGUACAAGAGAUCUGGAGUUGAAGACCACCCAUCACUCCCUCGUACGCUUCCAACGCGAGCAUCUUCUUCUUCCUCUUCGAGAUCGACAGGACUUAUCUCGUCAUCCGAUCAGAAUAAGCAUCACCACAACAUGACCAUUAGCGGCCACAGCCUCCAUUUGCAAGCGAAUGCGAUUGAAAGAUUCCAAGCAUUCAUGGGAGGCGGAGGAGGAGGGGGACAAUUAUCGUCGCAGUCACCCCAAAACAACGAUCAAGCCGAUGGAAGCAGUAGCUCCGAUGUCACGACCACACUCGGCCUCUCGAAACACAAUGUCAGCAACGCAUACUACCCAAUCCCUCCGAUCUCGGCCGCGGCGCAGCUCGCGCUCAUGGAAGAAGAUGGGAUUGCUAAUUUCCACCACCACCAUCACUUGUCGAAGCAAGCCGCGACUCCGAGCAGCUGCUCUUUGGUUUUUCCCCACUUGUUCCCCAGUUCAUCUUCAACGAAUGCCGUGGAUGAUCUCCAUAGACUAGUUAACUACCAGCAAGCUGCGGCAGCUUCGAUUAAUCAGCAGCAACAACAGCACCCACAGUUACAACAGUAUUACCCGCCUCAGUAUUCGCAGCUCCAAGGGCUGCUGCUUCCGCAAUCAUCAUCGUCAUCAUCACUGUCUCAAAAUCUGACGCUGAACAAGCUUCCGAGCCCGCUUCAGACCCCCUUUUCUGACAGACUGUGGGAAUGGAAUCCAGUCCCAGAUGCAAACAGAGAGUACAACAACAACAACACCACUCCCUUCAAGUAGCGCAAUAAUUAGUUAAUGGUCUGCAGAAAUACUCGUCAAGACUCAAUUAUUACUGUUAAUCAAGCUCCGAUUGACAGACUUCGACCUUUCGUAACUACUCUGAUGAUAUAAUUAAGCUUUUGAUAGAUACUAGUUUCUGAUACUUAUGGAUGUAACAUUGUUAUUGAACUUGUACUAGCUAGUUAGGGUUUGGGCUUAGUUGGGGGGUUUAAAUUGGAAUCCCAUUUCCUUUUAACAUGAUACCUCUCACUAUAA